GCUGCGGUGUUCAGCCUCCUCGUUCAAUUGUACACACCACAUUGGGAUGGGACAGAAGAAAAGUGCGGUGCAACUGUGAUGAAUCGCUACAAUACCAGUCAGUAAGAACUGACUCUUGCGAAUUUACUGGACUGAAUUUACUGAUGAUCGUUAAAACUAGACUGGACGAGAGGAAACGGAGAUUAGCGUGCAGUGAUUGUACUCCAGCAUUACCGCAGCCGUUUAACAGGAUGGGACCAGACAAGUACUCCUGCUGCUGCUGCCGCUGCUGCUGCAGCUAGGAGCGGAAAGCCAGAAAUACAGCUGCCGUUACAUUGUGGCAGGGGGGGGAGGGACAUAACUCAUUUUGCUGCACUGAGUUUUUUUUUUUUUUUUUUUUUAACUGUAGCUCCCAGCUGACUGGAAUUAAGACUGUUCCUUUCCAACGGUAGAGUCUAUUGUUGUGUGUGUCCGUGGAGCAGGUUACAUGGUAGAUGGUGUUUGCAGUGAGCCGUUCUACAGUGCAGAUGGACUACUCUGAACAGCUGGGGAGUUCACGAGCAAUUCCAGCAAGAGUGCACCUCACCUGUAACUGAGGAAUCUACUGCGAAAAAAGGACAGAAGUGCACACGUCUUGUGGAGUAGACUGUGAUGGGAAUGUAACCAAUGGCCAAGUCUGCUGAAGACAAGCAAGUCUUAGGACUUCCUUUUGACCUUGUCAACCAGUCACUCCUCCCCACACAACAAGAACCACCAGCCACCACCAACCAGGGCAUUGUCAUCCAGCUGACCACGGCUGGCAAAGAGGAGGACUGGGACAGCCUGGAGGACAAUGAGCUCAUCUUCUCACUGGACAAAGACGAGGACGGGGGGACGGUCAUCUUCACCAAGGAAAAAGCAUAUUCAGAAAGUGGAAAGAGUUUUGAAGAUGGCCUGGGCUCCACCUUCCACAUGCCAACCUCUCCAUCCUCCCCUUCUGUUUCGGGGUCGCUCGGGGACUUUUCCUACUCCACUGGCUUUUUUUCUCCACAAACGUCUCCCAGCAACACCUAUAGUUCCUCGGCCCCGAAGCCGUACAUGAAACUUGUCAAGUCUCUUUCCACAGAGAUUGAGUCCAAGGAGGCCACCUCCCUCAACACCCGGCCUCUGAUCAGUCUUGUGAAGUCUAUAUCCACAGAAAUCUCCCGGAAUGAGCCUGAAGUCACCCAGUCCAAGUCCGACUCAAAACUUAACCUUCACCUCUGGAGGCAGCUAACCCAGUCCAAGGGCAGGAAUGGAGAUUCCAAGACUGCUCCUCCCUCCCCCAGCAUCUCGCCAUCCGAGAGCAAAGGAGGAUUCUUCAAAGUGCCGGAAGUUGAGGCCAGACUGGAAGACACCAAGAGGAAGUUCUCAGAGGCCAUGCAGGAGCCCCUCAGCAUGCUGAGCAAGAUCAUUGGCGAUGAGAACUCAAAACAGAAGCCAGGUGCCAGCGAUUCUCCUGGGGCCAGCAGUCAGACCAACAGGGAUUUGGGAGGGGACCUAGCUGGGAGCAAAAACACCACAAGAGGAGGAGAGUGCGACAGGCUGUCCGUCUGUGAGACUCCCCUCAGGCACGCCAAAAGGAGCCUGUCAAAGCCAUGUUUGUCCCCAGAGCCAAAAUGCAAACUGGGUAGCGGUGGCAGCAGGUAUGAGAUUUGCACCUAUGGGGAUGUCAUGCAGGUAGUAGAAAUCGAACCCAGUACUGAAAACACAAGGGUAGAAAGUGGAGAAUUCUCUCCCGAGCUGAACAGAGAACUUGGUUGCUUACAGACUUCUCAACCUGUGCCAAGUAAAUGCUUGUUCUGCAUCGCCACACUGGCCUACAGUUACUUCGUCCUGCCUUUGCCCUCUUACAUGUCGGGCCUCUGCCUGGGCCUGGCCUGCGGGGUUAUGGUGGGCCUGGUGGUUAUCUUGCUUCUAGUUCCUAGGAACUCAGUACACUUUGCCAGAAAGCUGCCAUCAGCUCAUGAUUGCCUGCAGUCGGAUCUUCUUAUAAAGGAACACAAGGAGCCUGAUGUAUUGAAGGGAUGGAUGAAUGAGAUGUAUGGGUAUGACCCGGAGACCUACCUACCCUCCCUGACUCACUCUGUCUUCAUCACGCUGGAGGGCUCCACUCUCAAGCUGUCCUACCCCAAGAACAACAUCCCGAGGCGGGCCACCUUCGAUGAGCCCCGACAUGACGCUGUGUUUACCAGCCAUCGCACAGUGGAGCUGGCCGAAAGCAAGGUGUUUCUUGUACCCCCGGCACUGGCCCGCAAGAGAAUAUGGAACAAGAAGUACCCGAUCUGCAUCCUCUUGGCUGAGCAGGCAGAGACAAAGAUGGGGAGCCAGGGCGAGCAGGAGGCAGAGGAGCAGAGAACCCAGUCUGACACCCCCAAGAGAGGGUCCAGCCCCGAGCCCUCUGCCAGACCCCCUACAGUGGAAGCCAGUCCUGGGAUCCUCUACCUCUUCGGACGCACAGGAAGGGACAAGGAGGAGUGGUUCCAGCACUUCCUGGCUACCUCCAGAUCCGACUCCGAGGGCAAGGAGAACCCCAGUAGAUGUGGCUCCAAGUUUGGUGUGUCAAUGAACCGCGGCUCCAGCCCCUCAGGCCGGGUGUUGUACAGCGACGGCUCCAGCAGGGGGAGCACUGAGGACAUCGCCUCCCUGUUCCGACUCAGGGACCUGGCUGGGAGUGUGCGCCAGAAGAUAAUUCUGGACUACAAUACCUACAUGGCCCACUUCAUCCUGUCAGAGAGCUCCAGCCCACUGCUCAGCCCCUGCCACAGUGCAGCCAGCAGCCCCAGCGCCAAGAGGAAGUUCCCCAGAGACCCACUAGGGGGCAGCAGCGAGGCUCAGCCAGCUUGGAUAAAUGCUUUGAUUGGACGGAUCCUAUGGGACUUUCUGAGAGAGAAGUACUGGGCAGAUCAAGUGGCAUGCAAGAUCCAGAAGAAGCUGAGCAAAAUCCGGUUACCUUACUUUAUGAAUGAGCUGACCCUAACGGAACUGGACAUGGGAACCUCUUUGCCUCAAAUCCUGAGUACCUCGAAGCCGUCCAUCAACCACAGAGGUCUGUGGAUGGACCUGGAGGUGACCUAUAACGGAUUACUGCAGAUGACUCUGGAGACCAAGAUGAACUUGUGCAAGCUGGGGAAAGAAGCCAUAGGGGACAAAGACAGCGUGCUGGAGCCUGGGAGGGAGGGGUCGAAGCCGCGCGUCUACCUGCUGGCAGACAGCGAUGAGGAGUCUUCAAGCGCUGGCUCUUCUGAUGAAGAAGAAGUCCUACCCACUGAGCCGCAAUGGAUUCUGGGAGACAAGGCCACACCCCCUGGCACUGAAGGCCACGUAGGUGGGAACAGUACAAGUCGGAAGAUCCUCCGCUUUGUGGAUAAAAUCGCCAAGUCUAAAUACUUCCAGAAGGCCACAGAGAAUGAGUUCAUCAAGAAGAAGAUUGAGGAGGUGUCCAACACACCCUUGCUGCUCACCGUGGAGGUGCAGGAGCUGUCGGGGACGCUCGCUGUCAACAUCCCACCACCCCCCACUGACCGGUUAUGGUACAGCUUCCAGAUCCCCCCAAGACUGGACCUGAGGGUGAGGCCCAAGCUAGGUGAGAGGGAGGUGACCUUCUCCCACGUCACAGAGUGGAUAGAGAAGAAACUCCAGCAGGAAUUCCAGAAAGUGUUUGUGAUGCCAAACAUGGAUGACCUAUACCUUCCCAUCAUGCACUCUGGCCUGGACAAACUGGCACAGUCCCCAGCAGAGCCCUCGAGACAGCCUUCUGAAGAGUCUCUGGACAAAACAGAACCUGAAACAUCACCUUUUACUGAAUAACUUUCAUGAGCUACUAACACUUGGUACCCAGGGCAGCUCUGGGUGAGGCACAAGAACCUACACAGGACACUAAGAGUGCCGUACAGCACUGAACUUAGCUUCUUGUUUAAGGACAGAUUUAAAAUAUAUUUUACUGUAAAAAAGAAAAUGUAUGAGAUGUGCGUGCCAUAAAAUGAUGUCGGACUGCUUUGAUAUUUUUUAUAGACUUGUUAUAUGCAUCUUGUUAACACUGUAUGUCACACUUCCAGAAUCUCCUUACCUUAACAAUGUUUCCUUAUACAGUGCUCUGUAAACACAGUGGUAACCAAUCAUCUAUUGCACAAAGCUAUCAAAGGAAAUUCCAAUAGAAACUUAGCUACAGUACUACCAUAUGCAUCAACCCCAUAGGUUUCCCCACACAGAAUUCAUGCAAAUAGAGAUUAGAAGAAAAAAGACAACAAAAAAAAACUUGAACUCAAAAUAUGAGAAUGCAAAGUUACAAAAAAAUACUGGAGAAGUUUUCAGGAAAAGUUCUGUCAGCAAUUCUGCAUAUCAGUUGGCCAGUUGAAAUCACUAAAAGUAGAAGUAGGAAUAGCUAGUCAUGGAUUACAAAAAUAUUCUUUUUGAUGUCUUAUAAAUUGUGAUGUUCUGAAGACUGCAACCCCACAGUCUAGUGCAUGUUUUUAACACUGACUUUGUUCUGUAAUUUGUCUCUCAAAUGUUAAUAAACGGUACACAUUUGCUGUG